UUCCAAUUCCCCGGUUGGUUUUCUACGAGGUUCCGCUUCCUCUCCGCCAAGGCAAGUUCCUCCCCGGGCCGAGUAAAGAUCCAGGCCGAGAGUAAUCGGGGGGAGAAAGACAGGAUUUAAGUGUGUGUGAUUAUAAACGAUAUCGUGCUUCACACCUCCAGGAAGUUCUGGGUGAAAUCUGAGCGUAAAAUCUGGUUUUUCAACGGAGCGAAUAUCAGAAAACACGGGGCGGAUUUUCUCGAGUUAAGCCGGAGUGCGGUUGAGUUUUCUGCGGUUGACAGCAACCGCUAACAGACGUCCACUGUGAGUCCUGAGCCUGGAUCUGAACCUGGUCCAAACUGUGGAGUAAAGUUCUGCCAGCGACCCGGGACUCCAGGUUGCCAGGUGUACGUGUGUGUAGAUGUGUGACAGCGGAGUGUGUGAGGACAAGCCCCCCGCCCCCCCUGUCAGGAUGAGCAGCCAAGGAGGAGCCAAGGACCCGCAGUCGGCCAAUCACAACUCUCGCCCACUGCCGUCUGUACCGGAGGAGAAGAAGUCCAGAAACAAGAUCAUCUCCAUGUUUGCCUCUGAGAAAGGAGGCAGGAAGAAGGACCGCGACAAGGACAGACCCGAGAUCUCCUCGCCCUCAGACUUUGAACACACCAUCCAUGUGGGCUUCGAUUCGGUCACUGGAGAGUUCACUGGCAUGCCGGAGCAGUGGGCCCGUCUCCUGCAAACCUCCAACAUCAGCAAAUCAGAACAGAAACAAAAUCCUCAGGCUGUCCUCGAUAUUCUCAAGUUUUACGACUCCACCAGUGGAAAACAGAAAUACCUCAGUUUCUCCGCCUCGGAUAAAGACUCGCAGUCGUCAGGAAAGCAAGGUACAGCCACCUCCAAAUCAGGAGGAAAGGAUGGAGACGACGAUGACGAAGACGACUCGCCUCCUCCAAUCGUGGCCCCGCGGCCAGAACACACAAAAUCAGUGUACACGAGGUCGGUGAUUGACCCGAUCCCCGCUCCAGAGACGGACGGCGCCGCUAAGGGGGCUGACCGACAGAAGAAGAAGGCGGGUGGCAAGAUGACUGACGAGGAGAUCAUGGAGAAACUUAGAACUAUUGUCAGCAUUGGAGAUCCUAAGAAGAAGUACACUCGCUAUGAGAAGAUCGGCCAGGGGGCAUCUGGCACAGUUUACACAGCCAUAGAUGUUGCUACAGGACAAGAGGUGGCCAUCAAACAGAUCAACUUGCAGAAGCAGCCGAAGAAAGAGCUGAUAAUCAAUGAGAUCCUGGUCAUGAAGGAGAUGAAGAACCCCAACAUUGUCAACUUUGUAGAUAGUUUCCUCGUAGCAGACGACCUCUACGUGGUGAUGGAGUACCUGGCGGGUGGUUCUCUAACUGAUGUGGUGACAGAAACCUGCAUGGACGAGCCUCAGAUCGCCGCCGUGUGCAGAGAGGUCCUCCAGGCUCUGGAGUUUCUCCAUGCCAACCAGGUCAUCCACAGAGACAUCAAGAGUGACAACGUCCUGCUGGGGAUGGACGGAUCAGUGAAACUCACUGACUUCGGCUUCUGCGCCCAGAUCACCCCCGAGCAGAGCAAGCGCAGCACCAUGGUGGGCACCCCGUACUGGAUGGCUCCGGAGGUGGUGACCAGGAAAGCCUACGGGCCCAAAGUGGACAUCUGGUCUCUGGGGAUCAUGGCCAUAGAGAUGGUGGAGGGAGAGCCUCCGUAUCUGAACGAGAACCCUCUCAGGGCUUUGUAUUUAAUCGCCACCAAUGGGACUCCGGAGCUUCAGAGUCCAGAGAAGCUGUCUCCCGUCUUCAGGUCCUUCCUGUCCCGCUGUCUGGAGAUGGACGUGGAGAAACGAGGGUCAGGCCGAGAACUCCUGCAGCACCCAUUCCUGAAGCUGGCCAAGCCUCUGUCCAGCCUCACCCCGCUCAUCCUGGCAGCCAAGGAGGCCAUGAGGAGCAACCGCUAACUGUCUGCACGGACUUUAAGAUGCCACUGACAGGGAAAUCAUCCAGCCUCUCCUACUGGUCGACGCAUGACGACCAUCGGCAAACUGCUAGUGUUAUAAUUGUUUUUCAAAGGGUCACAAAAUGCCUCUCCACUUUCUUCCAGUGUUUUCUUACCUUUGGUGCCUUGUUCUAAAGCUGCAUAAAGCCAUUAUGUGUUUUCCAUGUGCUGCAGCCAGAGUAUGUUUAUUUGGUGGGUUUUACUCUGGUUACUACAGUACGCGAUCCAGAAAUGUGGUUUCAAUGUUGCAAAGGUUCAAGACUCUUUACAUGCUAAGGGGCCAUAUUCAUAUACACUAGGAGUCCUCGGAGAAGACGCUUUAAAAAAGAGUUUUCUCAAAAUAACAACCUGCUGCUGAGAGCUAAAGAAGAAACUGGGUAUGGCCUUUUCCUAUAAGACAUAUGGAUUAAUACAUCCACUCGUUUCUCUACAGUGAUUGGUUGACAGGUCUGUCAGUGAAAAAAAUCAGGCAAAGACAUUUCUAUUUCUUCAGGGCUGCAAUCUAAACAUCCUCAAAUAGUGGCAUGUUGUGCAAAGCAUCGUCUGUUAGUGAGUGGGGCUUUUUCAUUCUUGUGUUUUUGGCCCAUCAGGUUAUGACUUGUGAGCGAGAUCUCGUGCUGAUUUGCCCUCUGAGUUUCUUGUUGGGGUCUUAAAAUUUGCCGUUAUUUUUUAUUUCUUACGACUCAGAAAGUUUGGAGCUAGUUUAAGAAUUUUUUUUAAUAAGGAAAUCAUCAUUAAAAUGUAGUGUCAUGUAAAGGUUUUUUUAGGACAACACAAGAUAUGAAGAGUGGGAAAUGUCCAUGUGUGUGGAGAGAUGGAACUUUUGCAACUGGUUUCUAUGGUUGCUCUUUCUGCUGAGACACGUGCAUCCAGACUGGGUCCAAUAGUUAAAUAUUAAUUAAUAGCUGUACUGUGGCCCUCAGCAUGGGACACUGGUCUUUGUGCAGAAGAGAAGCCAUUAUCAGGGUGUCCUCAUAUCUAAUUUCAGUCAAAUGAAUUGAUUUUCAAAGUAGUUUGACGUUCCGUUUUUUAUAGGCAAUAUAAAAAACUGGCGUCUUUGGGUGUAUCAACCCCAGAAUAUAAUUAAUUUAACUUCACACACUUCUGCUAUCACACUCUUUGUGCAGGUUGUUCUACAAACUAUGCAGAACACUGUAAAAACAUUUCUAUCGAUGUGCUUGUCCUUAGCUGUGCCUUUACAAUAGAUGCCUUACACACAUACUGUAUCAGACUGUCUGAACGUGUUGAACUGGAGGUUGCUUCUUUGUUUUUUUUUGUAUAUUAUGUAUUGGUGAUGUCCUGUAUUUGUUAACAGCUUUUGAAAAGUAUGUAUUGUUUUAUAUUUGUAACUAACACAACAGAAGACCAUUUUUUUUCCCCCCCCUGAACAUUAAAACUUUUGAUAAGCCUGAGACAAUCAAGCCAGACUUGAGUCGAGAUGUAUUAAGAACGUAUUGUUUAACCGGCUUUGAGUACCACAUGAGUCUUGGUUUAUACCUCUGUUUCAACACGUUUAGGAAACAUUUAGUGAACGUGCCUUUGUCAGAUUCAUCGUGAAACCCACUCGUAUGGUACUUAACAGGUUGACACACAAACUGAGUACAUUUAAAUACUAUGAACAGGCUGGGAAACACUGAUAUGUGGCUUUUUGACAAGAACACACAUUCCAGUUGUAUACAUAAAAUAUGAAUGAUUGAAAAGUCUGAAAUGAGUGUGUUGUUGUUAAUCAUAAAAACAACAACUUCUGGCGUCAAAUAUCAUCAAUACAUUAUGUAAAUUAUUAUUAAAGGUGGACUUAAAUUGG